AUGGAAGGUAAAUAUAGUGAUUCUCGAGUUCCCUGCAAGAUCUGUGGAAGAUCUUUUGCUCCAGAAGUUUUGGCAAAGCAUGCAAACAUUUGCAAGAAAACAGCGGUAAAUGCAACAAAACGCAAACCUUUUGAUUCUUCUAAACAACGUGUCAUUGAAGGGGAGCUAACUCUGAGGCAGAUCAAACAGGCACAAAAGAAGGAAAUUAAGCCACCCAAAAGCCACUGGCGUGAGAAGCAUCAGGAUUUUAUCAAUGCUGUCAGGAACGCAAGAGGAGUGCAACAUGCCAUGGAGGCAGGCGGGCCUCUGCCUCCUCCACCACCUCCAUCCCUAAAUCCAGAUUACGUCCAGUGCCCCUACUGCUCCCGAAGGUUCAACCAGCAGGCAGCAGAACGGCACAUCGGCUUCUGCAAGGAUCAGCAGUCACGACUGCCGAGGGACAAGCCAAAUGUCAAUGCUGCUGCAAAGCAGAAUGCACGUUUAGGUGAUGAUAACAGUGACACUGAAAAUUCAGCGAGUCAGUAUCAAGUCCCCAAGCCUAAACCUAAGAGUAGCCCUGUGUCACCUCCAGCCAGUAUGGCUGCAACUCGUGGUGUAGCUACGACAAGACCAGCUGCUCUACCACAGCGUGCAACCCAGGCAAAGGCAGCUACCAUCCCAGCAAAAACAUCUUCUAGUGGAAUGUCCACCUCAUCCUCGUCGUCAAGAACUGGUGUUGCAACAAGAGGAAGGGCUGCCCCAGUUGCAGGGCGUAGAAACUAG